AUGAGCGAAAAUUCUCGAGAAAUCGUUUUCUACAGAAGGAUUAACACACAAAAGCCGAAAAUAAAUCAGCCUCCAAUCUGGGAAAUCUUUGAAGGAAAAGCAGUGAUGCCAAUCAAUUAUGAGCCGGAUUUGGAUGAUAAGCACUUUCGAGAUAAGCGAAUUCCCGAAGAUCAUUUUCAUGAGCUCGCUCGCGGAUCGCAAGCCAUUGUCAUAGCCGGGUCGUUGGUCAGGAAAAUUGGCGAAAAGGACGAAUCGAGAGAGAAAGUCGCUGCAAAGAGAUUCAACAUUGCCGAGUUGAAACAAAACGCGAAGAGCGAAGAAUAUCAAGGAUUCACGUUUCUCCUCCGCGAGCUCCAAAACACCCAAUAUUUAGUGCAUCCGAAUAUUGUCGAGAUGAGAGACUCUUUUUACGAGAGUUCAGAAGACCCAGCUAACGGAAGACUCAGCUAUGUAUGGCUGGUCACCGAACGAAUGGACUGUAGUUUGGAGUUCUAUUUCGAGCUUUUAUCAAGAAAAGAUAACGAUGCGAGGGGGCCGAGUCUACGCGACCAUCGACAUUUGGCUUCUCUUCUCGUGCAGUUGCUCAAAGCUUUAGAUUUCUUGCACUCUCGAGGGAUCAUGCAUCGGGAUGUGACGCCGAAGAAUAUUGGAUUGAAUCGGAAAGAUUUUGUGGUUAAAUUGCUGGAUUUCGGGAUAUCUGGACAAACGAAUUCGCAAAGAGAUCACACGAAACUUGUCUCAACUCCGUUGAUCUACCAGCCAUUGGAGGUGAUCCUGGAACGGGGAUAUGACUGUGGAGUGGACGUUUGGGCGGUUGGGUUGAUCGCUUUUGGGAUGUUGGGAACGAAAUUGAUGUAUCCGACCGAUAUGAAAAGAGAGGAUAAAGUCAAACAACGAAUUCUCGACGUGGUCGGUCUCCCGUUGAAUAAAUAUGAAGAUAUAUUCGGAGAGAGUCUAUUGAACGAGGAUUGCCGUCUAUCGACUCUCGAUGAAGAAUUUAAGCGAGCGUUUUCUCGAUUGAAAAAUGACAGUGAAGAACACCCAUUGAACCCAUUGACCAGAGGAAAUCUACGAGACCUGCUAGAGAAGCUCCUAUCGGUGAAUCCACAGAAGAGGAUGAAACCCUCGAUUUGCCUUAACCAUUCCUAUCUUCAAGAGUUGAAUUUAAAAAGGGACUUGCGGAAUCGCGACUCUUUGCCAACAGCCGAUGAAAUGAAAGAGAAAAACAAGAGAGACGAGGAUCGAUUGACGCAAUUGUUGGAGAAAUUCUCGAGAAAAAUU